AUGUUCGGCCUUUUGCAGAUCGCGGCCACUUAUGGAAAUACGAUCAAGAUAUUUGAACCAAUAAGCAACGCUCAUGAAAAAAAAAAACCGGUUCUGAAUUGCCGAUGGAUCGAAACACAAUGCUUUACCGUGAAAGAGAGAGUAAAGUCUGUUCUCUGGAACAUGGAUGGCCUUCGCAUGACCGUAGUAGUUGGCGAUGAGUUAUUCCUCUACCAGCAUCGAAGCUUAAGCUCCGUUGUUCCAUUUGGCUCGACCGCCCCAGUCACGUUCUGUGUAUCCGAAGAGGAUCAUGCUCACGACGCUAAUAUAUGGCAUAUUAUUUGGUCAGUACAACUGGGUCAACACCCAAGGUACAUAAAAUUUUCUCCUGAUGGUACAUUCCUCGCUAUCUCUGGCGAACAUGACAAAUCAGUGAAGAUAAUCUAUCAGGAUUUAUUUGUUCACUCCACUUGUUCUGUCUGCAUUGUUCUUUCGUUUUUUUAUUUUAUGUUUUUCAAGAACAGGGAAAAGAACAUCUCAGCUUUGGUUUCUUCAUUCUUGAUCAUCCAGCACCCGUUCGAGGAUUCGAGUGGAGGCGGACUGGAAGAUAUAUGCCGCGAAAAUGUAUGCAAGCGAUCUUAA